AUGGGAAUCAUCAGCAUAGCCGAAAUCGAAGAUGAGGAGUUGUUUUUGGACUAUCGGCUACCGCCGAAGGCACAGCCGUCGUGGUACAAACAGAUUGACGACAGUACGUUGAGAAGAUGGAACUUGCCGGUGGAGGCGGAUAAGGAUUUGCAUUCAGAUUAG